UUGCAUUGACUCACUAAAUUCUCUGGGCAGUAUGAAUGUUGCACUAGUUGUUAUCUAAACCAUCAAUUUUAUCCUUUGACACCUUAUUCAGUCGAAUGUUGGCAUCUCUGUCAAUCAUCGAAUCAUGCUUUCACGACCAAGAAAUUAAUGGCUACCUUUUGCGAACUGUCUAGGCAAUAGUAAGCUAACUAUUAACUAACAUAUAGCUUUAUUUGAUAUGGACCAACCACCUAUCCGAAUAUUGCGACGACCAUGUCCAGUUCCAUCUGACGUUCCUAAUACACCACAGAGGCCACCAAUAGUCACAAAAACACUUGAACAAAGGGAAGCAGACUAUGCUGCUGCUCGGAAAAGGAUUAUGGGGUCUGCUACUCCGGAGUCAACUAAGGUAGAAACGAAGGAGUUAAUAGAGUCUAAUCUAGUGAAAAUGACAGACGAUACCAACAGUUUUAUUGCAAAACAGGACAAAGCAAUUGCAUCCACCAUUCCCACGACUCAGAACAUGGAGGUUAGUGUUCAAAGUAACUCUUCGGAAAUGACAGCCAAUCACUUGUUCACUAACCACAGCGGAGUUCAACUUUCCAUGUCCCAGAGUAACAAACAGCCUCUGGAUAUCGGUGUUGGUCGAAAGCCUCAACAACAUUCACAUUCUACAUUAAACGGCGUUCGGCAGAAUUUACAACAGCGCAGUGCAACAGUGACUGCCAAUAGAUUAUCUUAUAUUCCUCCCCAUCCUCCUCUUUUUUCUUUUCAAACUGGGUACAAUAAUGUUGGCCUUCUUCCUACUCCGCCUGGCUUUCAAUGUUCACUUCCAACUGAAACGAAUGGUAGUCUUCAGCAAACGACUGCCUUCGCUUUGAUGCACCAAUUUAGUUUACUACAACAACAAUAUCAACAUACUUUAACUGGCAUUCAAAAGCAGUUAGUUUCUUCUGGAUCACACUCGUCCAACAGUUUUAAUCCUUUGAACUUUUCAUCGUUUUCCCAGCCUAACAUCAACCAGAAAUAUACCCACCCUUCAACUUUCAAUUGAUUUAGAUUUGCAAUAGUCAGCAUGUGAACAUGUACUUUUUUCCAUUUCAAAUGGGGUUUCGUAGAUGUACGACUUAAUGCAAUAACUUUAACCACUCUUUGCUUUUGAUAAUUUUGCGGUCUGGUGCCAUACUCAGCUUGUGCUGUGACAUUUUGUUCAACAUAUAUAUUCAUGUUUCUGUAUAAAUAAAGUGCUUAGAAAACA